UCUUCUCCGUAGUUACCUUUCCUCCAUUGUCUCUCUUCUUCCGAGAAUUUUAGCGAAGGAUGUCGAUGCCACAAAUUUCUGAAGGUGCCCUGAAAGUAUUGUAUGACGAGGACAAGCAAAAUCCUCUUCAUAAAAACCCUAAACUUCAAUUGCUCAGUAUCAAAGGUGUAAAUGUAAAUGGCGGAACUCGCUACAGAGUUAUUGUUUCUGAUGGUGUCCACUAUAUGCAAGCAAUGCUUGCCGCGCAGCACGCACAAUUAGUUGACGACGGAUUGAUAAAAAAACACAGCGUGAUUCAGAUUACUGAUUGUGUUUGUAAUCCAUUGCAAAACAAAAAACUCUUGAUCAUUUUAUCGUUUGACAUUGUUCAAACCGAUGUCGAGUCUCGUAUUGGUUCACCCACAAAUCUUGAAGAGGCAGCCAACAGAUCGAGUGCAACCACCAGCGUUAGCAAUACGAACGGUACUAAACCCGUCAACAGACCAGCUCCUAGUGCCAAUGCUAGCAUGACCCCAUUUUCGUCUAGCGCCAAUAUGCAAUUGGAAGCCAACAUCACGCCUAUCAGAAAUCUAAACCCUUAUCAAAGCCGUUGGCAUAUUAAGGCUCGAGUAAGUCAAAAAUCAGAUAUCAAGAAAUGGCGUAACGCCAGAGGUGAUGGACAACUUUUCAGCGUCAAUCUCCUCGACACUACCGGUGAAAUAAAGGCAACUGCUUUUAAUGAUCAAGUAGAUCGCUUGUACAACAUGCUGGAAGAAGGAAAGGUGUACUAUAUCUCCAAGGCACGCGUUACAAUGGCCAAGAAACAAUUUUCUACACUAAACAAUGAAUAUGAACUUCAGUUUGAAAAUGCUACUGAAAUUGAAGCUUGUCCGGAUUCAGGAAAUAUUCCUCAAAUCAAUUUCGAUUUCGUCAAAAUUGCUGAUAUUGACAGAGUACCCAAGGAUACUAAUAUUGAUGUCAUUGGUGUUGUUGUGGAAUCGUCCGAAAUAAAUGAACUCGUAUCCAAAGUGACAGGAAAGCCCAUGAAGAAAAGGGAUGUGAUGAUUGCUGACGAGUCUCUUAAGCGCAUCAAACUAACAUUAUGGGAUGCUAAAGCCGAGCAAUUUGCUGAUCAGACUAAUCCUGUAGUGGCAGUGAAAGGCGUUCGUGUUAGCGACUUUGGCGGUCGUUCUUUAUCACUGGGUAGUGCUGGUUUAUUAAAGAUCAAUCCAGACCUUCCCGAAGCAGAAGCACUCAGUAAAUGGUAUGCAGACAAGGAUCCUAAUAUUCAGAUUACUGGUUAUAGCUCUUCUGCCGUUGCUGACGGUGCGGGUGAAGGCUCUGUUCGUACCAACAAGAAAAUUACCUUACAGGAUGCCAAAUCUCAGGGUCUCGGUACCAAUGAUAAUCCUGAUUAUUUCUCCUUUAAAGGUACUGUUGUUUAUUAUAAAACUGACAGUUUUGCCUAUCCUGGCUGCCCUACAUGCAGAAAGAAGGUAGUUUUAGAAACCGAAGGAUGGCGUUGCGAAAAGUGCCAAAAGACCUACCCAUCUCCGGAGUACCGCUACAUUUUAACUAUGUCCGUUGAAGAUGGCACCGGUCAAGUAUAUGUUAAUGCGUUUGAUGAAGUCUCAGGUGUUUUAAUCGGUAUGAGUGCAAACGAAUUGAUGAAACUUUCCGAAGAAGAUUCAGCACAAGUUCAAAACGUAUUUAACAAGGCAUUGUGGCGUGUCUAUAAUUUCAAGAUCAGAGCGAAGCGUGAAACUUUCAAUGAUUUAACUCGUACCAAGUUCAAUGCUUUUGAAGUCACACCCAUCAGUUAUGAGAAAGAGUCUCAGGAAAUGAUUUCUCGUAUCGAAAAAUACUUUUAGGCAACAAAAAUGAAGAGUAAAUUGGUUAGUUGAAACCUUGUAUAAAUCAUAUCAGCACGUUUAAGUAAAAUAUUAAUUGGCUUAAAGUGUGUACAAACAUGCUUUUGAUAUCCUUAUAACCUUAUCAAAACUCUAUAUAUUAUUGCUCAUGAUUCUUUAAAAGAUUAAUAAAAACUCUUAUCAUCUAUUUUUUUUUUUUUUUUUUU